AUGGACGCGACCACGGCCACCGCCAAGCGCAAGCGCCCCGACACCGACAUCACCGGCGACGCCGCCGCCGCCGUCGACGAGGCCUCCGACGCCGAGGUCGAGGAGUUCUACGCCAUCCUCCGGCGCAUACGCGACGCCUCCCGCCGGCUGUGCGGCGCCGGCGCCCUUCCUGCUGCCCCACGCACACCGGCGUGGCGGCCCAGCUUCUCCUGGGAGGACUUCGCCGCCCCUCCCGCGCCCGCGCCCGCGCCCGAGGCGCCGGCGCCGGCGCAGCCGCGGCCCGACGAGCCCGUCCCCGUCCCCGCACCCGCCGGAACCGAGCGCGCUACCGCCCCGUCGCCGCGUGCCAGCCUCGACCUGAACGCGGAGCCGGAGCCAGAGGCACCCUCGGCGCCGGCCACCCCGCGCUCGGCGCGCGUCCCGGCGUAG